AUGAAGCUCAAAACCACCAUUGAAGCUCCAGCCAUUCCGAGAAUCGCGACACACGAAGGCGGAUUGAAUAAGGUUGAAAUUUCGGAUGGGUUUAAAGGAGAUGUCCCGUGGGUAGAGACCGAGGCCUACCAAACUGAAGUGGAGACUGUGUGCGUGGUUGAUGUGCCGGCAAAGAGUGUGCUGAAGGUGAGGCUGCUGGCCACGACCGCUUCAUGUGACGUCCCGUUCUCCUACUCUCGUCAGGACACUCGUAGCAACGGCCAGGUGCAUGUCCGACUUGGACGAUGGUUUUUACAGUGGUAUCAAUGCCUUCAACUUCAAGUACAAUAG